AUGGAAAGCACUGAUGUUGGAUCAACACAGAUUCUACAUAAGGAGAUCAAAGCUUUGGCCAAUGAAAUAAGAACUCUGAAGGAUGUGAAGAGAAAUGAAAAUUUGAUUAGAGAAAACGUCUGCACGAUUGAGAAAAAACCUUUGGCAAGUCAUGAAUCCCAAAGAAAGUUUGAAAUUCGAUGUCCAAGAGGUACGCGUGAUUACGGACCUCAAGAUAUGGCAUUACGAAAGCAAGUGUUGGAUGUAGUUACGAAAUGCUUUAAACGCCAUGGUGCCGUUACUAUUGAUACACCUGUGUUCGAAUUACGCGAUAUCUUGCUGGGAAAGUAUGGUGAAGAAGGUGGAAAAUUGAUUUAUGAUUUGUCAGAUCAAGGUGGUGAACUUCUCAGUCUGCGUUACGAUCUCACGGUACCCUUUGCUCGUUAUCUCGCUAUGAACAAAACUGUGAUGUAUCUAAAAAGAUAUCACAUUGGAAAAGUUUAUCGGAGAGAUAAUCCUUCCAGAGGACGUUUUCGAGAAUUUUAUCAAUGCGAUUUUGAUAUUGCUGGUUCGUAUGACUUGAUGAUUCCAGAAGCUGAAUUAUUAAGAAUUAUCAAUGAAAUACUGAGUGCAUUGGAUAUUGGUGCAUUUGAAAUUAAAGUAAAUCAUAAAUUACUACUUGAUGGCAUGUUUGCUGUUUGUGGUGUACCAAAUAAAGACUUCAAAGCAGUAUGUUCGUCGAUCGAUAAAUUAGACAAGCUUCCAUGGGAAGAUGUUAGAAAUGAAUUGUGCAAUGAGAAGCAUAUCCAUAAUGAUGUUGUCAGCAAAUUGGAGACAUUCGUACGUUUACGGGAACAUGAUAGCAGCUUAACAAAUUUGGAUUUAUUAAACUGGUUCGAGAAAGAUGAAGCUACAAUGAAAAAUAAUGAUAUUCAAAAAGCGAUAUUUGAAAUGAAACAGCUUUUGGAAUAUUGUGAACUUUUUGGUAUUCUUUCUACUGUUACUAUUGAGCCGUCAUUGGCACGAGGUCUUGACUAUUAUACAGGAGCAAUUUUCGAAGUCGUUUUGAAGGAGUUUUCCGAAAAGACGCUAAUGGAAAAUGAUAAUGCCGAGGAAGAAACCCGUAGUAUGAAUAUAGGUUCAGUUGCUGGUGGCGGUCGUUACGAUGAUUUGGUAUCAAUGUUUUUGUCGAAACAUAAAGUGCCUUGUGUAGGAAUAUCAAUCGGAAUUGAAAGACUUUUUACGAUUAUGAAAGAGAAAUCAAAAAUGGAGCACGUGCGAUCAAAGGAUACACAAGUUCUCGUAGCUUCUGCACAAAAGAAAUUGUUGAAGGAAAGGAUGAAGAUUUGCCGGUUGCUUUGGGAUAAUGAUAUCAAGGCUGAAAUGGCAUUGAAGGCAAAUCCGAAAAUGUUAGAUCAAAUGCAAUAUUGUGAGGAGCAUAAAAUACCGCUAGCAAUAAUUGUUGGUGAGCGUGAAUUGGAAGAGGGUGUGUUGAAAUUGAGAGAUGUGCCUUCUCGUGUUGAACAGGAUAUACCUCGCGAUAAUUUGGUGGAAGAGUUGAACAGACGGUUGAAACAUCUGCAGUAA